UGCUGCGAUAGUUCGAAAGAAGAAGAGAAAAAGCUGACGUACUCGGGAAAAGAAAUAUUUUACCCAAUAAUUUAACUUCCUCCUUCAACCCAAAAGCCAAGCUUAACACUUAUUAGACUUCACUUCCGACCUGAACGAUGGAACCACACAAAACUCAAAGCGGAUAACAAGGCCCCCCACCCCCUCCAUCGAGUACUGUGUGCUGGAAAAUUGUUGCUGCGCACAGGAGAGGAGACGUACACGACAGACGUAGACAAAUCAAACGGGUGAAAAAAGAGGUCCAAAGCUGCGAGGCGGGCUUGGCUAACGUAUGACGGAGAUAAAGAUAAAGACCCACAGUCAGUGCAUUCGAGAAAAGAUACCAGCUGGCAAAAUCAAGCGAAAAGUGGAGCUAAUUCGUACAACUUGGUGCCUUCAACAAUAAUCAACAGCAACAGCUGCGUGAGUGUGUUUGUGUGUGCAAUAGUGUGUGUGUGUGUUGUGUGUGCGUGUGUUGGGUGCGCAGUGUUGUUGGUGCCGUCGUCGUCGUUGUUGCGUCGUGGUGGUCGUGACACAACAGUAACAAAAUAUUGAGCCGUCGAGCAAAACACAUGAUGUGGUCGUUCUUCUCGCGCGACUCCACCAAAGACUUCCCCUACGACAUUGGUGAACCAGUCAGUGGCUUCGACAACUACUCCAUAUGGACGCUGCACAAGGCCAAACGCAAAGGCACCCUCGAGGAGGUCUCCGUCUUUGUCUACGACAUACGCAGCGGCUCUGACACGAAAUGUGAGCUGGCCAAGGCGGCAUUGAAGCGGCUGAAAACGUUGCGUCACCCCAGCAUACUGCAGUACUUGGACUCACUGGAGACGGACAAGAUGCUGUACGUGGCCACGGAGGCGGUGGAUCCACUGGGCACAUAUUUCACCAAACUGGCCACAGACAAUGUCCAAAAGGGCCUCUACCUGGCCUGGGGCAUCUUCCAGAUCACGCGUGCCCUGUCCUUCCUGAACAACGAUGGCAAUCUGAGGCAUAACAACGUGUCUGCCUGGUCGGUAUUUGUCAACGCUUCGGGCGAGUGGAAGCUGGGCAGCCUGGAGUAUGUUUCCGCCGCCGAUGGCAAUCCCAUGCCGCCGGUGAAGAUCCCAGUCACCCUGGAGGUCUACGACUCGCCCGAGAAGAACGAUCAGAGCAAGCUCAAGGCGGCCACCAAAUGUUCUGUGGACAUGUGGGGCCUGGGCUGCCUCGUGUGGGAGGCAUUUAAUGGGGUUCUUAAGCAGCGCUCGAACCUCAAGGAUAUCGAUCACAUACCCAAAUCCCUGCAGUCGCUCUACUGCGAGCUGGUGGGUGCCUCGCCUUCGAAUCGCCCUAAUCCGGCGGAUAUCAUAACCCGCUGUCGGAAGCCCGGCGGGUUCUUCAAGAACGAUUUGGUGGACACUCUGCUCUUUCUGGAAGAAAUUCAAAUCAAAGACAAGGCGGAAAAGAAUCGGUUCUUUAGUGGCCUCACCACACACUUGGACAACUUUCCCGAUAAUGUGUGCAAGCACAAGAUACUUCCACAGCUGAUAAACUCGUACGAGUAUGGAGAUGCGGGUUCCGCUGUGCUGGCGCCCAUGUUCAAGCUGGGCAAACUGUUGGACGAGGUGGAGUAUCAGAAGCGGAUUGUGCCCUGCGUCGUUAAGUUGUUUGCCUCCACGGAUCGUGUGACUCGCUCUCGCCUGCUGCAGCAGCUGGAUCUGUUCAUUGCCCAUCUGCAGCCACAGGUGGUCAACGAUCAAAUAUUCCCGCAGGUGGCUCAUGGCUUUCUGGACACAAACGCCACUAUACGCGAGCAGACGGUCAAAUCGAUAAUUCACUUGGCUCCCAAGCUGAAUUACAAUAAUCUCAAUGUGGAGGUGCUGCGCCAUUUUGCGCGUCUGCAGGCUCGCGAUGAUCAGGGUGGCAUCCGGACCAAUACGACCGUGUGUCUGGGCAAAAUUGCACCGCACUUGCACCCGCAGGUGCGUCAGCGUGUCCUGGUCUCUGCCUUCAUACGUGCCAUGCGAGAUCCAUUCCCGCCGGCACGUGUUGCCGGCGUCCUGGCGCUGGCCGCCACCCAGCAGUACUUUUUGCUCAGCGAGGUGGCCAAUCGGGUCUUGCCGUCGCUGUGUUCGCUGAGUGUUGACCCGGAGAAGACAGUGCGCGAUCCGGCGUUUAAAACCAUACGCGGAUUCCUGGGCAAGCUGGAGAAGGUCUCCGAGGAUCCCAGCUUGCGUGAGACGAUGGAGGCUGAUGUGCACACGGCUACCCCAUCGAUCGGUAAUGCUGCAGCCACCUGGGCGGGAUGGGCCGUGACGGCCGUUACAGCCAAGUUCUAUCGCAGCCAAAGUGAUUCAUCUAGACCAAGACCGCCUUUAACUGGACGCAAUCUAUCUAAGCCAGCGUCGCUUGAGCAACCAUCGAGCAGCAGCCUUUCGACAACCACAAGUAGUGUUACCUCAAUGACCUCGCUGGAGCAUGAAAGCAAUGAGACCUCCGCAUCGGCCUCCGACUAUGGCAACAACGAUUGGGACAACGAAAACUGGGGAGAAAUGGAUACCUCUCAGGAUCCUAGCAGUCCGCUGGCAGCCAGCUCCAACAAUGGUGGAGCAUUGGUGGCACCCAAUGCCCUGAUUGAGGUGCGCGAUGGGUGGGACAAUGAGGAAUGGGGUAGCCUUGAAGAGGAUCCGUGCGAGGAGGAGGAGCAGGCGGAACAGGAACACCAGCAGCAGCAGCUUUUGGCAAGACAAUCGAUAUCCUCCACAACAUCAUCCAGUCAACAGCAGCAUCGGCCGCUUCUGCCGCACCAGCAUACGCACCAACAGCAGCUGCAGCAACACGAACUAAACGAGCUAAUCGAACCGCUGGCCAAGCUCAAUUCCCAUGUGACGUCGCCGUCGAAGAGCCAGCAGCAGAACAUGCUGCGGCCCAAGGAGCUGCCCAAUCUAUCCAGCAGCAAUACGUCGCCCACGUCGGCAACUGCCAAUUGCAAUAACAUAAGCCCGCCUUCGUCGCAUUUGAACAAUUCGACGAAUAAUGCAAAUUGGAAUAGCGAUUCGUGGGCCGAUGGUGAAUUCGAGACGCUGGAUGAGCCGGGUAUGGGAAAUAAAAUGGAUGAGGCGCGGCGCAAGCGGGAGGAGAAGAAACUGCAGCGACAACGUGAACUGGAGGCUCGUCGGGCACAGCGAGCGACCGGCCCAUUGAAAUUGGGCGCCAAAAAGCUUUAAAACUAAUAACCGAAUAACAGCAUUGUGUGUGUUGCAUAGCUGUUAUUUCCAUCCCCCCCUACGUACAUUUAAGCUCCCAAAAGUGUAUUUGUAUAUUUCUAAAUGCGUGUGUGCAGUCCCCGUGUAAGCGUGUCCUUUGUGUUUCGUACUCGUAAAUGUUUUGCAUUCAAUGCAUUCUCAGUGUUUUUGGAACCUACACUUUCGAUACAGUUUAUAGCCAUAUUAUACAUAGAUGUAAUGCUGGCACCGAUAUUCACUAAUGUAUCCUCUCUAUUACGAUAUUUCAAAUGUAAAGCACUGUAAUUAAAAAUGUAAUUUAUAUUUAUAUAAAAGGAAACCAACCCCCACGCCCCCAAGCAGUAGUUAGUAAAUAUUAAACUUAACAUUUGUACUUUUUAGUAAUCGAAAGAAAUCAACUAAAAUAUAACAAUGAGCCAGCCCUUGCAGGGCCAACUCAUCGAAGCCUG